AUGGCUUUGUUUUCCAAAGCCCUAGAUUUGCCUUGCUUUAAUUUUGUAGUGAGCAAAGAGACGGAUAGAAUCAGCGGCCUACCAAAUGAGAUUAUUAGCCACAUUGUAUAUUUUCUCUCGGCAAAGGAGGCUGCUUUCGCAACGGUUCUCUCAAAGAGGUGGCAGAGUCUCUAUACCAUCAUACCACAUCUUGAGUUUGAUGACAAAUUUGAGUUUGAAGACGAAGAUGAAAACCAAGAGAGUUUAACAGAUUUCUUGGAUGGAGUGCUAGCUCUGCCUCUCAGUUCCCGCGUUAGGACCUUGUCUCUAAAAUGUUUUCGAAAUAGUGUUAAUCCAACUAAUUAUGCUCAGGUCAACCGUCGUCUAUGUGAUGUGCUGAAGCGUGGUGUCAUGGAGCUUAAACUGGACCUAUGGGUUAAAGAUGAAUAUUCACUUCCUUUUGAGGUCUUCACUUGCAAGACUCUUGUUGAGCUUAAGCUAGGGACACUUCUGAGAAUUGAUAAUCUCCCUGAGAAUGCUCUUCUUCCGGCCCUUAAGACUCUCAUCAUCAAAUCAGUUCGAUUCUAUGAUCUUUAUGGUUGUGCUUUCCAAAAGCUUAUUUCUGCUUGCCCUGUGCUUGUGGAAUGA